CGGGCGUGGGAUACAGGGUGCUAAAAGGAACCUACGGCGGCCCAGGGGUGAGAGGGCAGCCGGGGUUGGGGGCUCUGAGGAGGCAGGGGCGACUGGAAGAGCACGUGAGAAUCUGCCCCGUUCCCCGCCCCCGCCCCCCGUUAUCCUUAGGGUUUGGUAGCAGCGGGGACUUUCCGGGGCCCAGUGUAUGGCCACGGAGUUCUGGGGUCUGGACUCCAUGCCCUGUCACGACCAGCAAGUAAACUCUGCCUCAACCCCAAGCCCGGAGUCACUGCGACCCGGAGACCCGGCCCCGGACGAUGCCGGGGUAAACAGCGCCUCCAUGGCCAAGUUGACUCUCCACACGGGGCACGCCAGUGCUAGCGUGCCGGCCGAGCGGGAUCCUGAGGCCUGCGGCGGCGCCGGCCUCAAGUCUGAGAGCAACAAUGGUAGUGGUGACAGUACCAACUAUGAAGCACCAGCGGGCUGCGAACUUUCCCGGCAGAUCGGGGCGCAGCUUAAGCUGCUGCCUAUGAAUGAUCAGAUCCGGGAGUUGCAGACCAUCAUCCGGGACAAGACAGCCAGUAGAGGGGACUUCAUGUUUUCUGCGGAUCGUUUGAUCAGACUUGUUGUGGAAGAGGGAUUGAAUCAGCUGCCAUAUAAAGAAUGCAUGGUGACGACUCCAACAGGGUACAAGUAUGAAGGAGUGAAAUUUGAGAAGGGAAAUUGUGGGGUCAGCAUAAUGAGAAGUGGUGAGGCAAUGGAACAAGGUUUACGAGAUUGCUGUCGAUCUAUACGAAUUGGAAAGAUCCUGAUUCAGAGUGAUGAGGACACACAAAGAGCCAAAGUAUAUUAUGCCAAGUUUCCCCCAGACAUUUACCGGAGAAAAGUCCUUCUGAUGUAUCCAAUUCUCAGCACUGGAAAUACUGUAAUUGAAGCUGUCAAGGUUCUUAUAGAACAUGGAGUUCAACCCAGUGUUAUCAUCGUACUCAGUCUGUUCUCCACUCCUCAUGGUGCCAAAUCAAUCAUUCAAGAGUUUCCGGAGAUCACAAUUUUAACUACUGAAGUUCAUCCUGCUGCACCUACACAUUUUGGACAGAAAUACUUUGGAACAGACUAAGUUAUUGAAGGAAAAUGAAUUAUCUUAUUUAAUACUAUAGUUAUGUUUUGAGUUUCUAUUUGUUUUACUAAUUUGCUUGAGGAAUGGCAAAGAAAAUGCAUUAAAGAUGCUUUUUAAUUUUGGAAGUGGGUAUAUUUGAAGUUUAUCUUAUUUGGUUAUUUCUUGACUGUUGGCACCAAAUUCAACAAUGAAGCACAUACAACUCUUGGAGAAAAAUGGAAAUUUUAAUAAUAUCCUAAUGCAAAUUGCUGAACCCUCAGUGUGUUAAAAUUAUUCCCUAAUUCAUGAGCCUCUUAGUUUGGAAGUUGCUUGCAGCCACAGAUAAAACACAAAUGAGAGUCAGUUCUUUGUCCUACUAUAGUAUGCAUUUUGUUUAGUUUGCUUUUAGCACUAGGGAAGUUUCAUGUAUAUAGUUGUUGUCACCUUCCUCUACUUUUUACUUCCUGGCAUGUACGUGCUAGUAACUUGGAGAGGAGGAAAAAAGAAUUCCUCCUGGAAUUUUACAUUUCCAUUAAUAUCCUCACUCAAUUGGCAGACGCAGGAUGUAUGGUUAAUUCUUCAGUCAGGCUGUUAUGUUCUUCAUGGCUCAUUUUCCAGACUGUGCAUUGUUGUAGGUGUCUUGCCAAGCUGAAAUGCAGUGAAGAAGAUGGCAGGGCAUUUUCAGUAACUGGAACUGUAAUAUUAAUGCACAUAGCCUGAACCAGGGAUGUCUGGAUGCUGACAAGGGAGAGCCAAGUACUGUUAAUGCUAUCAAUCCUCUAGAAAGGAAUUGGUGGUGGUUUUUCUGAGAUGUGGGGGAAAGGGAGGCUUCUCACUGGAUUUCAUGUCCAAUAAAUAAAUUAAAAUGCUUCAUUUUAAUUUUGAUGUUUCUACUAGAGGCUUUGAUUUGGAAAUUAGUUAUUUUGCAUGUUUGUCAACUGUAGAUAUAUUAAAAUGGAAAAAAAACAUACCAUGCUUUAAAAAAUAUCCUGGAGAUUUGUAUGUGUUCAUCUUUAAGCUUCUGAAAGGGAGAGAAACCAUUUUAGGAAUCAAUAUUUGCAUUCUAAAAUCUGCUUGUAAAACCCCGAUCUUAUUUUGCAUUGGUAUUAAAACAUUUUAACA